CACGUCUCAAGUUGCAGAGCUCAAUAUCAGUCGUUGCAAGCGCCGCGCUUUCAGACAGUGACUGGUCAAAAUGAUUCAGCUAAAGACGAUGCUUAAUUGCAUCGACAACUCCGGGGCGGCCAUUGUCGAAUGUGCCAUGGUUGUCGGGCAGAAGAGACACGCCUCUAUUGGCGACAGGAUUGUGGUGGUCGUUCAGAAACAGAGAGGAGCCCAAGCGGAGGGCAUGGCCGGAACUUCUGGUGCCAAGGUCAAGCGCGGCGACAUCCGGCAUGCGGUCGUGGUGCGAACAAAACAAAGGGUGCAACGACGGGACGGCAGUGUGAUUCGCUUUGACGACAAUGCUUGCGUUCUCAUCAACAAGUCCGGCGACCCGAUCGGCUCCCGAAUCAACGGCGUCGUGGGACAGGAGCUGAGAAAGAAGAAGUGGAGCAGGAUUCUCAGCAUGGCACCCAUGCAGGCAUAACUCUUCGAAGGGAUUGGGAGGUAAUUGGGCUUGCGGCGGUACGCUGUUGAACCAGCUUGAUGUUAUGCUGCAUCCUAGGCUGGCGCCGCCGGGCAAACGGAGAGCAAGUGUAUUGACGGCGGCAGCGUGUCACGCUAGGGUUAACCGUUAAGCAGUGGCAUUUGGAUGGCGUUACUCGGGAUGUGUAUACUACUUGUACAAAAGUAAACGGUAAAUAGGUAGACUUGUUGAUUCGAUUCCGUCCAGCAACUCGCAAUCCAUCAAAUACAUGAAUUGACCAUAGUGUAAAACGCUGCGCCGCCUCCAAAGCCGGUGACCUCUAUCGCUAAACGCCAAAGUGUGCCGAUGCCUUUUGAUGAAUAAUGAUGGGAAACUUGACCCCAAAAAAGACCAACGGCCUAUUGAAAGAUGUUGCCGCACUCACAGCAGACAUAGAAAAGUUUCAUUCCCGUCUCGGCGCUGCGCUGUUGCGAUUGAAAGAAAACCGCCUCGUCAUGUUGACAAGCCGGGCAGCUUCUCUUAGCCCUUGGCAACGUAGGAUCGCUGCCGACGUCCUGCGUCACGCCGGCCGUCUCGCCGACGGCGUUGUUCAUGGUGUUGCGGAAGAUGCACGACGAGGUGGCCUCCUCUGAGAAAUUGCAAGUGCGACACGUGAACAUGAGCUUGCGCUCGACCUCGUCCUCCUUGGGGUAUAGCAUGUUGCUACACUCGGAGCAGAAGCGGAAUGUAAUCUGCUCAACCGGCUUUUUGCGGUCGCUAGCGGUGGCCGAGGGAGAGGACAUCGUUGGUGUGGUGGCAAGACGGCCCCUCUUCUCUUCGAAACUGACCUGACCUGUGCUACAAGUAUGGCACGACACAGCUGGGGAAGAUAGAGAUUCAGUUCCGAUUCAGUACUGGUCGGGCGCUCUGCUGGGGGCGACAACAGAAAUAGAUGCGUGGCCGGAAGUCGAUGAUUGAGCUGUUAGAGAGAAGUGGCCGAUGGGGAAGGAGUCGCUUGGGAUGAUGAUGGUACGUGCGGGACCGUAAGAACGCUGCGAGACGAUGCUUAAAGCAGCAGCAGAC